AUGGAUAUUAUAACGACAACAAGGAGGAUUUACAACACACUUCCCAGACAAUGCAGUAAUAGAUGGCUAGAAUGGAUUAGCAAAAAGGAGGAGAAUCUUAUAUAUCAUCAGUCAAUAUUAAUCACCAUCAAAUUGGAAAAAGCUGUUUGGUUUCCGACAAAAGGAGCGUGUAACGUUAUGUAUGUGUAUGAUGAUACAUCAGAAGCGGGUAUUCAUCAUCAAUCAAGAUACUCAGAAAGUGUUACUUGUGAGUUUGCCCAGCUCACUCACUUUUCUAUCAGUCACCAGAAACCUAUGAAAUGA